AUGAAGUAUCCCCGCUUUUUUUUCACUCAGGCUUUGAAUGCUGCCUGUGCAGCUAGCAAAAAGGAAAUUGAUGAGAUACCUGAGCCCUUCAAUAAUGACCGCUGGUAUUUUAAUAAGUCUUAUGAGAGAUGGCCAAGGACGGCGUUACAGGCAUGUCUACAGCCUAUCCCAGGCUCACACAAACGCUAUCAUUUCCCUUGGGAGGCCGAGAUUCGAUCGCUAGAGUCCGUGAUCAAACUUCUGCUAGAGCACGGCGCUAACGUUAACCAAGCACUCGAUGGCGGAAUAACUACUCUGCAUAUUGCGGCAGAGAAGCUAUCCGAGGAGACGGUUCAGACAAUUAUCGCCAAGGGCGCAGAUAUAGAUAUCGAUAUUUUCGGAAAAGGCACCCCGUUGCAACUAGCUGCAGGUCGAGAAUUAAACGCGCUACCCAUUGUGCGCUUACUCCUCGAGUCUGGGGCUAUCGUCGGAUCGGACGAAGUCACCCAGCAGAAAUAG